UAAAGCCGCUCCAUUCCGAAUGUGUUACCCGCAGAGUCAUGCUCUGCACCUGCACACACCAACAUCUAAGAAAAUAACAUCAUAUGAAAAUGAAUACGGAUCGUUUCAGCCUCACAGUUGACGAGUAUUUAGCUGACACGAAUGUCCUGUUGUAUCUCAAUGAUGCAGUCACACAACUACUUGAACAUAAAGAGGAAUAUACCCAAUUUGGUGUGGUCAGAUAUUUUGCAGAAUAUUUUACCAGUGUGAAGAAUGGAAAUCAUGUGCUCUUCAGGGAGUUUAAUUACAUCAAGGCAACGCCUCAUAAUAGAGUGUCCUUCAUUCACAUCUUCUGGAAAUGCUUCAGACAGAUUGGAAAAAAUGGAGAUUUAUUGUCAAUGUCCGAGUACAGUUCACUCUUACAGCUGUUAUGCCCAGACUUUCCAGUUGAGAUGAUACAAAACACAGCCAGGAUUGUCCUGAUGGAUGAUGCCAUGGACUGUCUAAUGUCAUUUUCAGAUUUUAUCUAUUCAUUCCAAAUCCAGUUCUAUUAUGAAGAGUUUGUGGAGAGCGUAUCCAUGAUAUACCAAGACCUGCUUUCUGGGAAGAAUCCAAACACUGUUAUAGUUCCAACUUCUACAUCAGUGGAGCAAUUAUCCAGCACAACCAAUGAGAAGCCAGAUCCUCAGGAAGGUGUAGACUCAUCCAUUUUAUGUGAAUGCAUAGAAGCACUUUGCGAGAGGUUCAAACACAAACAUCCCUCGACAGCUGCUAUUAAGGAAAUACUAGAGAGCAGUCAGCAGGUGUCUUUCUAUGGCUUUCUGAUGGCCUUGGCCAAACAUGAGGGAAUAAACCAAGAAAUCGAUGCUCUUCCAAAUAAAUCGGACCUGCUGAUUGAUCCAGAGAUGGACCAGGAGUUGGAGAGACUCAUAGCUCAAGUGGCCAUCAGCCCCACAUCUAACAGCAGCAGCAGUGCCGUAGGACAGAAGGACUCGUCCAAAAAAGCCUCGCCCCGCAAAUCCCUGCAUCAACGCAAGAGGAUUGAAAUGGAGAGCGAUGGUUCAACGGAGGAGACAGACUCCUCGGAGAAUUAACACAUUUGGAUUGUUAUUACUUCUUUUAUGAUACAACGUUAGUUCUGGUUCACCAAUUUGAAUAGGAAACUGGGGCUGAUAUCUUGUAUGCAUUGGGAUGUAUUUAUUGUUUGCAUCACUUCACACGGUAUCACUAUACUUUUCCUAUUGUAGUUUCAAAUAAAAUUAAACAAAAUAACUGCUCUAAAAUGUCAGUUACUCCAUAAUGAUGACUUGUAUAGUAUACAGAACUGGUACAUAAAAUCAUAAAUUUGCCUAAAAAAAUCCUUUGUAAAUACAUUUAGAUUGCUUAAUGGUGCAUUUUGAUAAUAAUAUAUAAUUUUUGGUGGAGUUUGAGGAUUAUAUUUUUAAAAGGUCUUGAAGAACUUUAAAGAGCACCUAUCGUCCGAUUCACGGUUUUACAUUUCCUUUGGUGUGUAAGUUAUAAGUACAUGUUUACGAUAUGUAAAAGGUACAUACCCAGAAGUAAAGGAUGAUGCGAGUUAUCGUUUCCAACGUAAAUCUCUUUUCUUGGACUACAACAAACACAUGGAUUAUAUCAUACCGACAUUAUCAUAAUUCCUCCCCACUUCGGCCUAUAAAUUAGCUUCUGUUAGCAUUGCAUUGUGCGAAAAUUUUUCAAUCAUGGUAAGGAGCAUCACAUUUCCAGCUGACGUCAGAGGUAUUCAAACCAAUUACAACGUACAGUUUAGCUGGCCAAUCAGGGACACAGCGCUUUUCAGAUCGAUGAAUUUUUAUUAUCAGUGGGUUUCAGGAAGACAGAGAUAUCUGGAGCUACAAAAAUGCAUGGUAUGUGGAAAAUAAUGAGUUUUUUAAACACGCAACUACAUUGUUAUUUUUUUAGCAAUGAAAUAGGUGCCCUUUAAAGUCCCACUGUGGUGAAAAUCAAGUGGUUGUCUUAAUGCUUUAAGACAAACCAUGUGCAAAUUCAUCAUUCAACACCAUUGUUUAAUAUUUUAUCCAUAAUAUUUGAGUUUUCCAAAGACAUCUCCUUCUCGCAGUUUGAAAUCGCCUUGAUUUGCUACGUCGCAAACAUGUUACAAUCACGUUUCAACUCAUGUGCAUUGUGUAAUAGUCUAACCUGCCAACAAACAGUUAUUGCUGCAAACGUGCAGUUCACAUAUGCAUACGCAUCUAUUUAUGUGUAGAAAAGGAUGGUAG